UUCUAUUAAUACGUUAAACAGUUCACUUUAUUUUUAUUAAGGUGUUAGUGAUAAAAGAAUUGAAAUAUGCACAUCUAUAGAAAAAAAUUAUUACGAUGAACGAUUUUUCAUUUUCGCGUGAUGGGAUGAUCGGUCUGCAAGAGUGCGGACCAGCGCCGCCGAGGGCGCCACUGUCCACAAGGACGCGAGAUCGCACAGCCCAGGCAAUAGACUACUAUAACACCCAUGUUCACAGGUGUUGGGCAAACGCAGGGCUGUGCACUUCGAGAUCAUCAUUCAACGAUCGUCACCACCACAACGCCCGGCGCCCCCAUCUCGCUCCAGAAGCGCUGUGCCGUAGCAAUUCCAGCUUGGAGCUGUUGGACCAGCACGGCAGACCGUUCAAGUCCAGCAGUCCGACCCUGAGAAGGGAAUACGGUAGCCACGGGUCCAUUGACGUUAUCGAUCGACCAGCUGUUGGCCAAGGUAAAAAUGAGUUCUUCGCAAUGCUGCAGGACUACCGUCCGGCGGUGUUAGGAGUGGCCGACCAGCGCAGUCCUGGUCCUUCUGAAUACCUGCGCGGCAAGUUAGACUCAGAGGAUCAGCACGACGGCAAUGCCCAAGGGGGCCACUACCCCCAGAGUCCCAAGUUGAAAUCGAAACUCACGCGGUUUUGGAGUAAUGGCGGCGCACCUGGUGGAAUUAAUAGCGCUAACGCCAGUACCAACAACAGCAUGGUGAAGUCUCAACGUUCAAUUAUGGAUGAUAGUACGGUCAGUACUGCCUCCACCAACGUCCUGUUGUCCCAAGAGGCGGAAGAAAUAGCCAGGAGAAGAGCUUUCGCCCAUUACGACUGUCAGUCGUUGACGACGAACUUGAAUUAUUCAGUGCGAUUGCGCAGGAACCUUUUGGCCAAAAGGAGAAACACAACCACGGGUGCCAGUGCAGCUUCGACACUUAUUAGGUCUUCUACACCUGAUGGUGAGAGCGAAGACGAUGCUGGAGACGGCCAGUCCAACGAGCUAGUACAAAACUGCCCGUUUUUUCGAAACGAAAUCGGAGGUGAGGAGGAAAGGAUAGUGAGUUUGUCCAGGCUUCAGAACGCGCCUCAGCACAGGAGACCCCUUCAUAGACCUCCACUGGCUUACGGAGUGGCUAUUCUAGAGUUUCCCCCUGGAGAGACUCACUGGAGGCAUUCGACGUGUCCUUACCAGAGGUUCCCUAGGCCUAUAGAAAAUGUUGAUCAGGGAGCGUUGUAUUAUAGGAACUAUUUUGCCAACCACGAGCACCAGAAUUGGUUCGGAACGGACGAGCAGCUCGGACCGGUCGCCAUCUCCAUCAGGCGCGAAAAAGUCAUCCAUCCCGACAACCAACUCACCACCACACUUACGCAGUACCAGUACAGGAUAUUGAUUCGAACUUCCGAACUGCAAACGUUGCGCGGUGCUGUAUUAGAAGAUGCGGUCCCCAACAUUAAGGCCUCCAAUAACCCCAAAACCCUCAAUACCAAAGAAGUUCUCGAAUACGUCGCCCCCGAAAUCCAGCUCACUUGUCUCAGGCUGGGCCUACAGAACCCAAACACCGUCGAACAGUUGCUUAAAUUGGACGAACAAGGCCUUACGAAUAAUUAUAAGGUUGGAAUAAUGUACUGUAAAGCUGGACAAAGUACCGAAGAAGAAAUGUAUAACAACGAAGAAGCAGGACCGGCAUUUACCGAAUUUUUAGAGACCAUUGGCAAAAAAGUACGCUUACAAAACUUCGACAAAUAUAAGGCAGGAUUGGACAAUAAAACUGAUUCGACGGGAUUGUACUCGGUGUAUGCUCAGUACCAAGACUGCGAGAUCAUGUUUCAUGUCAGUACGAUGUUGCCGUUCACGCCGAACAAUCGGCAACAACUGUUACGCAAGAGGCACAUUGGAAAUGACAUUGUUACCAUAGUAUUUCAGGAACCUGGUGCACUACCAUUUACACCCAAGGGAAUUCGUUCGCAAUUCCAGCACGUGUUUAUUGUCGUAAAUGCUCUUAACCCUUGUACCGAGAACACCCACUACAAGGUGGCUGUUUCCAGAUCAAAGGAUGUAGAAGUAUUUGGCCCUCCCAUCAAAGAAGGUGCGAUCUUUCCAAAAGGCAAACCUUUUGCUGAAUUUUUGCUAGCUAAGGUGGUAAAUGCGGAGAAUGCCGCUCAUAGGUCAGAGAAGUUUGUUACAAUGGCUACUAGGACUAGACAGGAAUAUUUAAAAGAUCUCGUGAAUCAGUAUUCAUCAAGCACUCCUCUGGAUACUGGUCAAAAAUUUUCUUGGCUUUCAGCAAUAUUCAGCAGCAAGAAGAAGGACAAGAACCGACCUCGCUUCAUUCCCGAUCUGUGCCAAAGAGGUGCCAUUUUGUGGCAAGUUUUGUUGGACGACAGCGGUCAAGGUCAACAAGUCGAAUGUUUCUUGGGUAUAUCGUCCGAUACGUUCGUACUGAUCGAAGAACAAACUAGACAGAUAGUGUUCGUGACUCCGUGCAAGAGCAUUUUAGGAUGGUCACCUCAAACUAACAGUUUGAGGAUUUACCAUCAUCAGGGCGAAUGCAUGACCAUUCACAUGAGAGAUACGCACGGGGAUACCGACGAGCUGGUGGAGAUCAUUAACAGACUUAAAGCAGUGACCAAUGGAUAUAUUGCCAAAGAAAUUAAGAUAAGUCGUAAUAUAAUGGGUCAGUUGGGUUUUCACGUUCAGCCCGAUGGUGUAGUCACUCUCGUAGAGAGCCAAGGACAAGCGUGGCAGUCAGGCCUUAGACAAAAUUCCAGAUUGGUUGAGAUUUGUAAGGUUGCCGUUGCCACACUUACUCAUGAUCAAAUGGUAGAUCUUCUGAAGACAUCUUUAACCGUAGUGCUUACUGUGAUACCACCUCUUAAUGAUGGUACUCCUAGGAAAGGUUGUACCUUACAGAACUGUAAAUAUAAUGAGACAAAUUUCGAAGGAGACUAUGAAAGUACGGAUGAAAAUAGCAAAACGAAAAGAUCAGCGCAGAAACAGCAAGCGGUUUCCGGCAAUCAUCGACUGGUAUACGAGCGUAGUUUUUCACCUCCUCGUAGUAGUAAUAGUUCAGGCUAUGGAACGGGGAGUAGCAGCAAGUCUUUCCUUGGUCAGGAAGCUCGAUAUCAUGCUAACAAUGUAGAGGGGACUAUGACGAGUUCAUCCAGUGGCCAAUCCGGCGACGACAAAUGGAUCGACUUCUUGCAAGAAUUCGAAGCUCCACCUCUCCCGGCAAAAGUCACCGGCAGCGUUCGAACACCACAACAUACCAACAACACGUUUCCAUCAUCACCCAAGAGAAACAAUUACAACCCUCAACCUAUUCCUAUGGCACCUACAUCACAUAACCACUAUACCGUCCAUCACAGUAGAGUACAGUUUAGUAAUAGUCUACCGUUGCAGCACGUAAAUUUUCAACAACCAAUGACCGCAGCGCUUCAUAGCAAUACCAGCGACCUGGACCUAAGUCACAGGUCUGAGAAAAAUAACAUUGUGAAGCAACACAAUGAAAGGAUUCGACAGCAGGAGGGAAAUGAAUUCGUACAGAUUACUAGAACUCCAAAAGUAGCUGACUACACAGGAGAUUACCUAAAAUUAAACGACAACCUGUCCAAUGACAGUUCGAUCAGCGAUAGAAUCAAUACGAUUGGCAGCGAAGACGAAUUAUCCACUGGAAGUGGUAAUCAUUCGCCCAGAUCAAACAGCCGCUCAGUGAGGCAACAGCAAGUUAGUUACAACCAGCGAAACCAAAGUCCCAGGGCCACAACGACCAAUGGCGAGGCCAAGCUCAGACCGGGCGUAACGUCACGAUCGGCAAACAGAAACAGUGCCAAUUUGUCUUCCAAUAAUUUUAAGGAAGAACUGAUGAGGUUGAUCAACCCGGAUAAUAUAGAAUCGGCAUCGACGUCAUCUUCAUCACCGACAGUUGAUCAGCCCAAAGACAUUAGUAUGUCUAAAGGACAUUCAAGAGAAAACUUGAAUAAUUCAUUAUCCGUCCAUAAAUCUCAGCCAGAAGUGAUAUUGACCAUGGCGAGACCAGCGACAGUUAUCUCUAAUGCCAGUACUACAUCGAGCCCUUUACCUAAUGAAUUUCGGAUGGCCAAAGACGAGGGACUCCCUUCACCGAGCAAGAAUAAGGUAGGGUUGCCCUUACUAGACAACUUCCCACUGCCGGUCGACUCUGAUUGGCCCAGCCUUGUUGACACCGCCACUCGUGUGAUGAUGCAGGUGGAAUCACUGCCGGAGAACGAGAACAUAGAACAGAAUGGGAAACAGUGGGACGAUGAAUUUAUCGGGUUGGAUCGUAGAGACCAACAUCUCUCCAGCUCGUAUUCGAGCAUCCCCGACCAGCACAAGCACGUCGUGGAACUGAACCGAAAAAUCCAAACGCUGGAAAGGGAAAACAGACGCUUGAGAGACGAAAACCAAAAGUUCCAGGAACAAGCGCAGGCGGCUGUGCAUCAGCUGCGUAAAUUCACCGAGUGGUUCUUUAAAAAUGUCAAGAGGCAAUAAGGAGGCUGACCUUUACAACGAAAGCGCGAUUGCAAUAAUACUUAACAGAAUAUUUGAUAAAUUAGAUUUUUACACUUUACUCCAUUUUACUAAAAACGUAUUUUUGCUAAAAAAACAUUUUUGAAAAGAUGCUUCCGUCGUUAUGUACGCUUCUUUACUGGUUAGGCGUAUAUGGCCUUAAUUGUACUCUGUACGUAGGUUAAGGUAUAUCUUAUUCAAUAUUCAGCUGGGUAUCUCGUGGCGCCGAGUAUGAGGAAUUAGGUACGGAGGUUAUAUGCGUAGUAAGACCAUGCGCGCAAUGUCGAAAAUAUUCAGAAAUAAUCUGCUGGUAUUGAAUAAGCUGUGGUCAAAAGUUUAUUUUCACACAUUAGUGCGAUCAGAUCAUUUCGCGGUAUUAUUCUUUCUAAUAGUACAAAAGACUAUUUAGGUAUUUAUUAUUUUCUUUUAAGUAUUACGAAAGUACAGGAUGAACAAAGAUUUUGUGAGUUUUUACGUCAUUAUUCUACUAUGCCAUAUGGAUAUUAUUGCCACAAUGUUCAAUUUUAACUUAUUUUGGGUUAGUAGUAUUUUUUGUGCAGAAUAUUCUGCCGAAGUUUCCGGAAUACAGUUCGGACCACCCUGUAUAUUUUAUUUUCCAGAAUAAUAGUUCUUGUAAUAUUGCUUCAUUCACAAAGUAUAUAUUUUGCAAUCAAAAAAUGGGUUACAAUUUUUUUUUCUAUAUUAAAUAUUACCUUUUGACAAAUUUUAAUGUCACUUCGUAAGUGACAUAAGGAGUGAGCGAGAUCGAAACUAUAAUUAUAGUACGAGAGAAACUUGAAGCUCUUUGAUAUAUCUUUUACUAUGCUCUCUAGAACAGCAUGCGGCCCGUCUGGCUGCCGGUAAACGUUGCGUUCUCUACUGCGCAUUGAAAGAAGAUCCUGUAUUUUUA